AUGAACAAAUUUGUCUAUAAAUACUGGUGUUUUCCGCGUUCAGGAAAUACAACAGAUGGAAAUGGGAAUAAAGAGUUCAAUGGAUUCGGUAAGACUAAGGUUGAUGAUGUGAUAAAUGGAGUCCUGGGAAUUAUUGCAGCUGCAGUAACUAUUGUAGUUGUUGCAAUUCCAGAAGGAUUGCCUUUGGCCGUCACACUCACUCUUGCUUAUUCGAUGAAAAGAAUGAUGGCCGAUCAGGCUAUGGUUCGAAGGCUCUCUGCUUGCGAGACAAUGGGAUCUGCCACUACAAUAUGUACCGACAAAACAGCCAAUGUUCUAGAAUUGCUGCGUCAAGGGGUCGGUCUUAAUACGACAGGGAGUGUUUAUCGAUCCUGUGCAUCAGGAUUUGAGUUCUACGGUAGCCCCACCGAAAAGGCUAUUCUUUCAUGGGCUGUGCUGGAAUUGAAUAUGGAUAUCGAGAAGGUCAAGGGGAAUUGUAGCGUUCUGCACGUGGAAGCAUUCAAUUCGGAGAAAAAGAGAAGUGGCAUUUCAAUGAAGAAGGUUGAAGAUGACACGGUUCACGCACACUGGAAAGGAGCUGCUGAAAUGGUACUAAAAAUGUGCUCUCAUUACUAUGAUUUGGAAGGAAAUGUGAAUUCUCUCAACGAUUUCAACAGGAUGAAAUUUGAACGAAUAAUACAAGGUAUGGCUGCGAGUAGUCUUCGCUGCAUUGCAUUUGCGCACACGCAGGUUUUAAAGGCAGGUCAUGUCAAUCCGAAUGGGCAGCAAAAGAUUCAAGAUAAUGGAUUAACCCUUUUGGGCCUCAUCGGCCUAAAAGAUCCAUGUCGACCCGGUGUGAAGACAGCUGUGGAAGAUUGUCAAUAUGCAGGGGUGAAUGUGAAAAUGAUAACUGGUGAUAAUGUUUUCACUGCAAGAGCAAUAGCCACCGAAUGCGGAAUACUCAAGAUGACUGAGGAAAUUGAUAAUGGAUCGGUGGUGGAAGGAGUUGAAUUUCGCAACUAUACAGAAGAGGAACGAAUGGAAAAAGUUGAUAAAAUCUGCGUGAUGGCGAGAUCAUCUCCUUCCGACAAACUUCUAAUGGUACAAUGCCUGAAAAAGAAAGGUCAUGUUGUGGCAGUAACUGGUGAUGGCACAAAUGAUGCUCCUGCAUUAAAGGAAGCUGAUAUCGGCCUUUCAAUGGGAAUUCAGGGCACGGAAGUGGAGCAACGUGAUGAUUUCGAAAGGAGAGAUGGAUGA